AUGGCGGGCGUGGAACAGCCAUGCUAUACUCUAAUCAACUUCCCAACUGAUUCAGAGCCUUACAAUGAGAUGCAGCUCAAGCUGGAUCUUGAGAAAGGUGACACAAAGAAGAAAAUAGAAGCAUUAAAGAAGGUAAUAGGCAUCAUCCUCUCUGGGGAGAAGAUUCCUGGUCUAUUGAUGAUCAUCAUCAGGUUUGUGCUGCCCCUGCAAGACCAUACCAUCAAGAAGCUGUUGCUGAUCUUCUGGGAAAUUGUGCCAAAGACCACUCCUGAUGGCAAGCUGAUGCAGGAGAUGAUCCUUGUCUGUGAUGCCUACAGAAAGGAUCUACAACACCCCAAUGAGUUCAUCCGGGGCUCCACUCUGCGCUUCCUUUGCAAGCUGAAGGAGCCUGAACUCCUGGAGCCUCUGAUGCCCGCUAUCAGAGCCUGCCUGGACCAUCGCCAUUCAUAUGUCAGGAGGAAUGCUGUGCUUGCCAUAUUUACCAUCUACAGAAACUUCGAAUUCUUGAUCCCGGAUGCUCCAGAGCUGGUAGCAAACUUCUUGGAGACAGAGCAGGACAUGUCCUGUAAGAGGAAUGCAUUCCUGAUGCUGCUGCAUGCUGAUCAGGAGCGAGCAUUGUCCUACCUGUCAUCCAGGCUGGAUAAUGUACAGGGCUUUGGAGAUAUCCUUCAAUUGGUCAUUGUGGAGCUGAUUUACAAGGUUUGCCACGCGAAUCCAUCAGAGAGGUCUCGUUUCAUCCGUACAGUGUAUGGACUACUGAACGCGACCAGUGCCGCCGUGCGAUACGAGGCCGCUGGUACUCUCGUUACACUGUCUAAUGCCCCCGCUGCUAUCAAGGCGGCUGCAGCAUGCUACAUCGACCUUAUAGUGAAGGAGAGCGACAACAACGUGAAGCUGAUAGUAGUGGGCAGGCUCGGGGCACUAAGGGCCGAGGCGGGCGAGGCGGCCGCGCGGGCGCUGCCGGACCUCGCCAUGGACGUACUGCGCGUCCUGGCCGCGUCCGACCUCGACGUCAGGAGGCACACCCUGGCGCUGGCACUCGACCUCGUGUCCUCCAGACACGCUGAGGACCUCGUACAAGUACUGCGGAAGGAAGCUGCCAGAGCUACUAAUGCGGACCACGAUGAUGCUGCCAAGUAUAGGCAGUUGCUUGUUAGGGCGUUGCAUCGAGCUGCUCUCAAGUUCCCUGAAGUAGCAGGCAGCGUGGCCCCGGCGCUGCUGGAGUUACUGGGUGACGGCAGCGAGCCGGCCGCGCAGGAUGUCAUGUUGUUCCUGCGCUCCGCUCUACAUACCUUCGUGGACUUGCGCGAUCAUAUCUACCAGAAACUGUUGGAGGCGGUGCCCGGUAUCAAAGUGGGUAAGAUAGCGCGCUCUGCGCUGUGGUUACUGGCCCAGUUCGCCGACACUCCAGAACGUGCCCAGGAUGCCUUGGAUGUACUCGCCAACGUCAUUCCUUCCCUUAGCGGACAAGAGGACAAGGAAGAAUCCGAGUCUGCGACAAAUAAGGCCCAGGACACUUCAGCGCCACGACAGCUUGUCACCAGCGAUGGAACUUACGCUUCCCAAUCUGCAUUCAACUUGCCAGUGAGCCAAGCAGCCCCCGCCCACGCGGGACUAUGGGCAGCGUUAGGCGAGGGAGAGAGCUUCACGGCGGCGUGCGCUUGCUCGGCGCUGUGCAAGCUGGCGCUGAAGCUGGAGGGGCGCGAGGCGACGCGCGCGCUGGCGCUGGCCGCGCGGCUGCUGGCGCGACACAAGGCGGGCGGCGCGCUCACCGCCGACGACGCCGAGCACGGCGCGCGCUGCGUGCUGGCCGCGCGACACCGCCCGCGCGUCGUCCGGGACGCGCUGCUGCAGCGCUCCGCCGCCGCGCUGGCCGCGCUGCUGGCGCUGCCCGACCGGGCCACUAACCUGCUGGACGACGCUGACAAGGAGCGUGAGCCCAAGAAGCAAGACAACCAGGUGGAAGUGGAGCAAGGCAUCGUGUUCGCUCAGUUGGCUGGGAACUCCGCCGCCUCCACGCACCACGACAUGUUCGAGCUCUCGCUCACUAAGGCACUGCAAGGCCGCAGUACAGGCGUGAGCGAGGAGCGCGGCAAGCUAUGGAAGGUGACGCAGCUGACAGGCUUCUCGGACCCCGUGUACGCCGAGGCCAUCGUCGCUGUCAACCAGUACGACAUCGUCCUCGACGUACUCGUCGUCAAUCAGACCGACGACACGCUGCAGAACUGCUGCGUGGAGCUGGCGACGCUGGGCGACCUGCGCCUGGUGGAGCGGCCCGGCGCCGUCGUGCUGGCGCCCCGGGACUACGCCACCAUCAAGGCCCACGUCAAGGUCGCCUCCACCGAGAACGGCAUCAUCUUCGGGAACAUCGUGUACGAGGUGUCGGGCGCGUCGAUGGACCGCGGCGUGGUCGUACUGAACGACAUCCACAUCGACAUCGUCGACUACAUCCAGCCCGCGCUCUGCACCGACGCGGACUUCAGGCAGAUGUGGGCCGAGUUCGAGUGGGAGAACAAGGUGUCCGUAAACACGAACAUAACGGAUCUGCGCGAGUACUUACAACACUUACUAGCUUCUACAAACAUGAAGUGCUUGACUCCUGAAAAGGCAUUAUCAGGUCAAUGCGGCUUUAUGGCAGCGAACCUAUACGCUCGUUCUAUCUUCGGCGAGGAUGCUCUGGCCAACCUGAGUAUUGAGACUCCGCUGCACAAACCCAACUCCCCCGUCGUUGGACAUGUCAGGAUCAGGGCUAAGAGUCAGGGUAUGGCGCUGUCUCUAGGCGACAAGAUCAACAUGAUGCAGAAGUCACCGCAACAGAAGACCCCGUCCAACCCCAUCCCCGCCGCGCGAGGCUCGGCAAACGCCGGGGUUAGUAACACCAGGCAGAAGAGGAAGACUUAA